CUCGGCAGCAAGUCCCAGCGCAACAGGUAAGGUCCGAUCAGCGCCGCUGUGAACCAACCCCGGUUAGGCUGUACACACGAAUAACUAUGUGUGACGAUCGGCAGCGAACAUGAACCUCAGUCUUCCUGACCAGACCAUGCACAGCUCCAGUGAAAGUUGCCUAGAGGACGACAAACCUGAGGUAAUUUUGCCCUGCUUCCGUAGAAACAUGCACGAAGAUCCGCUGGCCGCCUACUCAAACGGAUCCAUCAUCUCUCAGCUCCUCAGGAAGACGAUUCACAACAAAAGGGCAAUGGAUGACAACCAUUUUUACCUCUCUAAUUCUGUGGCUACUGCUGAUUCUGGCCAAGAGGACGAGAGCAGCGUCUCCUCGAAGGACAGCACAGUCGAGGCUGUUUCCCCGAGCGAUCAUGUCUCCACAGGAGUCAGCCCAGAAGGAGAUCACCCUUUGCCCGAUCACCUGCAAGCCAAGAGAGCUAGAGUGGAGAACAUUAUUAGAGUCAUGGCUGGCUCUCCCAACAGCAGGCAGCACUGUGAUGGGGAGCGGUGCGACACAGAUGCCCGAGAAAUGAGGGAGGCCAGAGAAUCGUGCAGGGAGAACAAACGUAAGCAAAGGUUGCCUCAGCAUCAAGAGCACAGUACCAUGGAAUGGCAGAUGAACAGAAAGCCUGGAAGCAGCUGCAAUGAUAACUGCAACACCAAGGAAGAGGAAUGCCACAAGCUGAAAGAGCAGCUGCACAGCAUGCAAAGGCUUCUGCGUCAACUCCAGGAAAAGUUUCUGCAAGUCUACAGCCAAGAAGAUCCAGAAUUUGUUGCGAGAGAAGCCGGAGGAACUGAUUCAGAGCAUGACAUCAUAGGAAAUAGCACAGACGUAUGCUACAUAAGCCCCGAAGAGCAUUUGGAGACAAACAACAGUACAGCAAUGGCAAACUGUAAUGACAGAAUCAAAGCUGAUAGUUACCUGAUGCACCAAAGAGAAAGUCAGAACCUUCAGGAAACCUUGAAGCAGGAGCUCUCCAAAGCUGUUAAUGAUUGCAUCGACAGGGUUUUCAAGAAGGUGUCCUCCUCCACAGACAUGGACAUAUCCCCCCAGCAGCGUGUGUGCUCUACACCAGAGCUGCAGAUCAGCCUGGGUGCAGACAGGAAGAGCUUGGCCCCUGAUCACUCCCAAGCCGAAGAGAUAUCAAAAUCCAGAUCGUCAGAGCUCUGUGAGAGCUCGGAGGCUCAAACCUCACAGGACCAGACAGAAGCACUUUCACUAGUUGUCCGCAAGCCCCCAGCGACCCAAGUGAGCUCUGUCACUCCAACAGUGAAAAGGCCGUUCCCCGUUCAUCAAACACCUUUCCAGUUCAGCUACACACCCCCUCUCCACGAGAGCCACAUCCUGGAGCACCUCCUCAAGUACGGGCCCCACUCCAACUUUGGCGCUCUCCCCUGCAUGCCCCCUUCAAUGGACAGGACCUCCCCGGACUCGGUGGACCUGUCCUGGGACGCGGUCACAAUGAGAUCCAAGGUGACAUCCAGUCACUUCGGCCACCACCAUCGCCCCUCCUCCAUGGGAGCGGUGGGAGUUGAUGGUCUUUGUCUGCCCCAUGUCAAGAUGGAGAGCGGUGAACUGCAGAGCCUGGCUGAACGAAACCCCUACAUGUCUCUCAAUAUCCAGGAGGGCCUCACUCCGAGUCAUCUGAAGAAGGCGAAGCUCAUGUUCUUCUACACCCGCUACCCGAGCUCCAAUGUGCUGAAAACCUUCUUCCCUGACGUCAAGUUCAAUCGCUGCAUCACCUCUCAGCUGAUCAAAUGGUUCAGUAACUUCAGGGAGUUCUACUACAUCCAGAUGGAGAAGUUUGCACGCCAGGCCAUCGCUGAAGGCGUCUGCGACGUCAAAGAUAUUACGGUCAGCAGGGACUCUGAGCUCUUCCGGGCACUGAACAUGCACUACAACAAAGCCAACGAUUUUCACGUUCCCGACAGGUUCCUGGAGGUCGCUGAAAUCACCCUUCAUGAGUUUUACAACGCCAUCUCUGCCACCAAAGAUUCAGACUCCUCGUGGAAAAAGGCUAUUUACAAGGUGAUCUGUAAGCUCGACAGCGAAAUCCCAGAGGAGUUCAAGACAUCUUCCUACUUAUAGAUUUGUGUUUUGGAAAAUUGUACAGAUGUAUUUUGAUUUGUUACUUGACGGUGUUAGUUCAUUUCUUGUAGUGUAAUUUAGUGAGGUGAAAUAUAGUUUAAAAGAGAUUUCAGAGGAAAUGGAUCCCUAAUGUGAAAUGUUAUGCUCUGCUUUCUUAAAAUUAGAAAAUAAUUUUAAAAAAGAUAAUGUUUGCUUUUUUGUUUUGACGGUUUGUGUGUUUGUAGCUGUGUAAACAAAAUGCAAAGAUGUAAUCAUUCAUUAUGUAGAUUUUUACCAGUCAAUAUGGAUAAUAGUUUGGUUUCAAUUUUAUUCCAAAGCUCUGCAUCUUGUGUAAAGAAACAUGCAGUGCUGUUUUUCUGUUGCAUAAUUUAUUAAUGUUCUGUCUGUACAUUAUUAGCCCGUCUGUUUAGUGUUUUAUUGAUUAAAUGCAAAUGAUGUGUGAAGGUAAAACUCUUGUCUUGUACAGAACAAUCAUAUUUCGCAAACAGGCAUUUUACUGGAUGAUUUUACUGAAAUUAAAGAUGCACUAAGUUAUA